GUUCGACAAAUACGACAAGACACAACCGACCAGAUCAGAACAGAAUCGGAAGCGCAUUGUCGGUUUGCCCCACGCCGCCGAUAAAAACGACGCCGCUUCUGUCCGUCUCCUCCUCCUCCUCCUCUCUCUGCAAGCGCCAUCGCCACGCCCGAGAAGCUCGCGCGACUUUCCACUGUUUCCAGUUCACUCGAGCUCGCACGGCCCGCCCGGCACGCCUGAGCUCGAGGCCUCGAGUCGAAACUCGGUUGCGAAUCGAUCGCAGUGAAGUGGGUCGUCGUCCAUCGAUCCUCGCUCUCGCCGGCGCACCGCCGCCGCCGCCGCCGUCCAUUUCUUCGCCGCCUGACCGGCUAUGCGGUGAAUUGUUCGGUUUUGUGAAUUGGGUUUGGUUUGGUUAGGGCAAAGUCCCCUGCGGACGAUGGAGCGGGCCAUGCUGAUGGUCGGACCGGGCAUGGACAUGCCGAUCGUUCACGACAGCGACAGGUACGACUUCGUGCGGGACAUAGGCUCGGGGAACUUCGGGAUUGCUCGGCUCAUGAGGGAUAAGGUCACGCAGGAGCUCGUCGCUGUCAAGUAUAUUGAGAGAGGCGACAAGAUAGAUGAAAAUGUUCAGAGAGAGAUAAUAAACCACAGGUCUCUGAGGCAUCCAAACAUUGUUAGAUUCAAAGAGGUCAUUUUAACACCUACGCAUCUAGCAAUUGUGAUGGAAUAUGCAGCUGGUGGAGAGCUUUUUGAGCGAAUAUGCAAUGCUGGGCGAUUUAGUGAAGAUGAGGCUCGCUUCUUUUUUCAACAGCUCAUAUCUGGUGUUAGCUACUGUCAUGCUAUGCAAGUAUGCCAUCGUGAUCUAAAAUUGGAAAAUACUUUGUUGGAUGGAAGUCAGGCCCCUCGACUGAAGAUAUGCGACUUUGGGUACUCGAAGUCCUCAGUGCUGCAUUCGGAACCAAAAUCAACUGUGGGAACUCCAGCGUACAUUGCCCCAGAAGUCUUACAAAGGCGAGAAUAUGAUGGCAAGAUUGCAGAUGUGUGGUCGUGUGGGGUGACCUUAUAUGUGAUGCUAGUGGGUGCUUAUCCCUUUGAGGAUCCUGAAAAACCUAAAGACUUUCGGAAAACAAUUCUGAGAGUUAUUAAUGUUCAGUAUUCCAUCCCAGAAAAUGUCCAAAUAUCACUUGAGUGUCGGCAUCUGAUCUCUAGAAUAUUUGUUGCAGACCCUGCAGAGCGGAUCUCUAUCCCUGAGAUAAAGAGCCAUCCAUGGUUCCUGAAGAAUUUGCCUGCCGACCUCAUAGAUGAGAAGACAAUGGGUAAUCAAUUUGAAGAGCCUGAUCAACCAAUGCAGAGUGACGAGACGAUCAUGCAGAUAAUUGCUGAGGCCACCAUACCGGCAAUGCCACCCCAUGGUCUUAGCCAACUUGUCACUGAUAGCCUGGACAUGGAUGAUGAUGACAUGGAUGACUUGGACUUUGAAUCCGAGCUGGACAUUGACAGCAGUGGUGAAAUAAUUUAUGCAUUAUGAUGAAAGAUCCCUGUAGGCAGAAGUUCCGGAUGAUAGCGUAGUUUCUAAAAGUUAGUGCUUGUAUCAACUAUUUAUAAUAAGCCAAGAGAAGUAUGUCUCCGCCUGUGUUAGAUUAGGAUAAAUGCUGUGGAAAGAGUACAUUAUCUAAACCUCUUGUUUUGUGA